GCGGUCCCCCCAAUGGCGGGAGAGCGGAGGCGGGCGUUGCCCUACGCCGCUGCCGGGUCGGGUGUUGAGGGGUCGGAAGAACAUCGUUCUCAGACCCUGAGAAAUCUGGACUUUUUUAACAGUGUGCUACCUAAAGGAAUAUAAGGAGUUGAUACUUGCAGCUUCCUUGCAAUUAAUUUUUUGAUAUUUGUACCUCUCUCUCUGUGGUUUUAGAUCAAGAAACGCCAUGAGCACAACUCAACGAAAGCGCCGUGGAGGAGCAGUUAAUUCUAGGCAAGCUCGGAAACGAAACAGGUUGAUGGCUUCAACCACAGAAAUGGCUUCAGAAGCAGAGCCAAUAGAACUUGAAGAAAGUGCUGGUGAGGAAGUAGUAGAUCUCACAUGUGAAUCUUCUGAUCCUGUAGUCGUUGACCUAACUCACAAUGAUUCUGUUGUGGUAAGUAGUGAAUAGCGCGCUUAUCUAAAUCUUGUGGUCACGUUAGGUCUGUGUUGUGCUCCCUGAUAGCAUCUGACUUCAAGGAUAAGUUUUAAGUUCGAAGUUGACUUGGCAUGGCAUGAAAGCCAUGCGUUACAGGUCAACAGAGAAGCUGCUCCGGAGCUGGAGCUUAGCAAAGCCCUUCUUGGGCACCGCAGUACCGCCCUGUUUUCCCAGGCUGUUGUGAAUGUGCAUGGGUACUUUUCUUGAAGAAUUGCUGGUUAAAUGUCUAUACAAAAAGUGUAACCAGUUUAAGCAGUCUAGAGGUGAUCCUGUGCCUUUUCAUUGCACAGACAUGGUGAUAAAUGCCUUUCAGGUAUGACAUUCUGUAAGGAUGUAGACCCCUCGUUCACUAAGUGUUAGUCUAAGGAUCAGAGGAAGUCUGGUAUACUCGUCAUGGCGCAGUCAUGAAUGUUGAUGAAGCAUCCUACGGACAAGUACUAAGCUUGAGGAAUGUGGAAGACUGAACGCUAAGGCAUGGAAGAAUUCUGUUGAAAUGCGUAUUUGACCUCUAGUUGAAGAUCUGUACAGUAAAAGGCAGCGGAUGUCAUGAAUGCAGAAGUAAAACUUAAUCCUUCUGAGGUUUGGGUUUGGGUCGUAGUUUACCAAGGCCUUAGAUAUUCAAAAAGUCAUCGUCUGGGCUUGUCUUCUGGCAUCUCAAUAAGUAGCCUGGCUUAAAGGGUUAAAACACGGCUUUGAUUUGCCACUUUAGACAGUUCCCGUUCAACCCCAAAUGGGCCUAUGAAUGCAUCAACGUCUAUGAGUAUCACUGCCUGAUAGUGGCAGAGCAAUCUAAAAUAGCUAGCUGCUCCAGAACUUGGGGAGAAUACAUGUGUACGGCUACUGUGAUGGCUACUGUAACAUAAGGAGAUGCAAUUUCAAGCUGAAGCUAUGAUAGCUGUAUCAAAGAUCCAGGCGAAUGACUUAAAUAAAAAGCGAAGGAGGUAACAGUCUGUGACUUGACAAAUAUGAAGUGUUUAGCUGCAAUGUCAGUUGAAGGUACUCCUGUCAGAGAGAUGCCAAGCGCAACUGCAGCUGACCGUGGUACAAACUAGUUCUGGUUUCGGCUGGGAUAGAGUUAAUUGUCUUCCUAGUAGCUGGUAUAGUGCUGUGUUUUGGGUUCACUG